AUGCCCACAGUUCAUAAACUACCUUUCAAAGUCAACAUGCCGCAGAACGAACACAUUGAGCGCAGCCGCAAGCUGCAUGGUUAUAGGCUGGAUUAUCAUGAACGCAAACGCAAGAAGGAGGCCAGGGAGCCAAAGAAACGUGCCAAGAUGGCACGUAAAUUACGUGGAUUGAAAGCUAAAAUCUUUAGUAAGCAACGUAAGAAUGAGAAGAUACAGAUCAAGAAGAAGAUCCACAUGCAUGAACAAAGAUUGACCAAGAAGAAAGAGAAGGAAGUAUCAAAAGGAGCUGUUCCAGUAUAUUUGUUGGAUCGGGAUGUUCAGUCACGAGCAAAAAUUCUGUCAAACAUGAUCAAGCAAAAGAGAAAAGAGAAAGCAGGCAAAUGGGAUGUUCCAAUUCCCAAAGUGAAGGCUCAAGCAGAUGCAGAAGUCUUCAGAGUAAUACGUACUGGAAAGUCUCGUCGCAAAGCUUGGAAAAGAAUGGUCACAAAGGUUACUUUUGUUGGGGAAGAUUUCACUCGGAAGCCACCAAAGUUUGAAAGAUUUAUCAGACCAAUGGCACUUAGAUUCAAGAAAGCACAUGUUACUCAUCCUGAACUUAAAGCAACUUUCUGUUUACCUAUUAUUGGAGUUAAAAGAAACCCAAAUUCCCAUAUGUACACAACAUUAGGAGUUAUAACAAAAGGCACUGUGAUUGAAGUGAAUAUUAGUGAGCUUGGUUUGGUUACUCAAGGAGGAAAGGUGGUUUGGGGAAGAAUGCAGAUAUUUGUGAAAACCCUCACGGGUAAGACAAUUACCCUUGAGGUGGAAGCAUCAGAUACCAUUGAAAAUGUGAAAGCAAAGAUCCAAGAUAAGGAAGGAAUCCCUCCUGAUCAGCAACGUCUCAUCUUUGCGGGAAAGCAAUUGGAAGAUGGACGGACACUGUCAGAUUACAACAUCCAAAAGGAAUCAACCCUUCAUCUUGUGUUGCGGCUUCGUGGUGGUGCAAAGAAACGCAAGAAGAAGAACUAUUCCACCCCAAAGAAGAUCAAACACAAGAAGAAGAAGGUGAAGUUGGCAGUGCUCAAGUACUAUAAGGUUGAUGAAAAUGGUAAAAUCCACCGGUUGCGCCGUGAGUGCACUUCUGAACAAUGUGGUGCAGGUGUUUUCAUGGCUGCCAUGGAGAACAGGCAUUAUUGUGGCAAGUGUGGAUACACCCUGGUUUUCAGCAAACCAGAUGAUAAAUGAAGCUAUGUAAUUUCUUUGGUUUAAAAAAUCACAAUAAAUCUUAUAUUACGAAAUCAGUUUGGUCUUUUCUUUGUGAAUUGGUGAAGUGAGAAGCGGUCAGCUCACAAAAUAAAAAAAAUGUAUGGUCACUUUCAAUCUUUUCGACUUUUAUUUGGUAAAACUUAUCAUAAACACUUUUGAUUUUAUGUAGAUUUUCAAAAUUGGUAACUUCUCAUGCAAUUUUUAUGGGAGAGCUAAACCAUUGGUAAUACCAUACUAGCACUGAAGUGUCUUUUAUUAAUCACAUUCCAUAUUCAAUCCACCCCAAGUACUGUAUUACUAACCUUCCAAAUAAAACCUUCAUAAUAUGAUUAUAUUAUCAUACUUCUGCGAGAAUGUUCACAUGUUAAAUUCCAUUCCUUUUUUGUACCUACAUUGUAUGUUAAUAAAGGAAGUUGUUAAGGAUAAGGGUUUUGUCUAAUAAAAAGGUAAUUUCCAAUGUUCUCAUAGAAUUUAAAAUAAAAAGAACCCUGAAAUUGACGGUAGAAACAAAUUUUGGAUGAAAGUGUAUUUAAUAUUAUAGACAUGUUCUUGUAACAAUUCAAAUUUCCUUAAAAAUGGCAUUUGAAGUAAUAACACAAUCUUCCUUGAGAGUUUUGCUAAUAUCACAAAGCAUUUUACUCUUGAAAAUUAUUUAAAGUUGUCCAUGCAAAAAUACAGGAUUGGGAAAGUAUAACUACUCUUCGCAUAUAUCACUGGCCUAUGAAUUUUUACUUUUUGUUUGUAAUAAAGUAAAAGUAAAAAAUCUAAUUUUAUAUAAUGUUAAUGUGCUCAAUCCAAAUUUUCAAUUUGUUUACUUCUAUCAUGUAAAAUGUUCCAAAAUCGCUUAGCAUGUUUAAUUACAUGAAUUUCAU